CAUCACGUGUUUCCUUUAUUAAUUUUUUUUCUAACUUUUACUACCAGCUUUCAUUUCUAUUACAAAACGUAGAGUAAACGACUAAAUAUGAACAAAGUGUAUUCUUUAUCAUUCAAUUUCAGUCGGGUCGAGAAUUACAAGUUUCUGUCCAAUCAGUAUGCGGAAGAAUUACUGCCCAAUACAAUAGUGCAACUGAUUGCAGCUGUCUGUGGAAUAUUAGGAAACAUUCCAGUCCUCUUGAUGUACGGUAAAUACAUAGAAGACAAAACUCGUUCCAGAUAUUUCAUUCCAGUUCUAGCUUUUGUGGACCUUGUUGGAUGUGUUUCGAAUGCAGUCCAUUUCUACCUGCAGAACACUAUGUCUUAUAAUUACCCUGGUGUUCAAUUGUGUAAAACAUUGUAUUUUUUAAACUUCUUUACCGGGGGAUUUCCCGCUCAAUUAAUCCUUGUGAUAGCACUGCAGAGGUACCUCUUCAUCUGCCGUCCAUUUGGCCAACAAAUGACAAAGACAUUGUGCAGAAUAUCUCUUUUAUUUAUAUUUCUGACCUCAUUUGGACAUUCUGUUCCAUCAUUGACAUUAGUUGGAAAAGAAUUUCAACGGAAUAGAAACGCAUAUAAUAUCUCUCAGCAUUUUGUUCGCUGUGAAAUUGUUGAUUUUAGUACGAAAGGAGUUAAAGAGAUGAUUUCGUACUUAGGAAUAACACUUCUGUUAAGCUUAGCUAUUAUUUGUGUUACCUCUGCGCUCUACAUUCCUGUAAUAAGAGCUAUGUAUAGAACACUAUCGCCUGCAGAACCAAGUAAUCAUAAAGAUCGAUAUAACGAUACCAGUACCCGGUCUGCAGAAAGACGCAUCCCUGAUGCUGAGAAAAACGUUACGGAGAAGUUUCCAAAAACAUAUGUGAGAAACAGCAACUACUCAAUUGUCGACAGGAACCGGAAAUUGAAAGCGAGACAGAGAAUUACUGUCAUGUUUCUCGUCAUCAUUAUUGUUUACGUAGUUUCGUAUCUGACGUCACUGGGUACCCACAUCUUCAUUUUUAUAGAAAGCAGAGCACUAACAUUUACAGGUUAUAAGUUAAAUAUAUUAUACAUGUGUCUCCGUCUUAAUCUUUUGAACCAUAUUGCUAAUCCAUACAUUUACUGGAUUUUUGACAUCAAAUUCAGAGAGGAACUGCGAAGGUUGUGCUGGCGUUAAUUUAGAUAUUUUAGUUUUUGGAUUUAAAACUGACCUCGUGCGUUAAAUUAAUUUGUGUCAUUGUACAUAUCCUACAAAACCUAAAGGAUGGUUCUUACUAUUAUUACAUUAACAUUUGCAAAUAUAUAUUUGAUUAGUUUUCCGUUCAGAAUUUUAAAAAAUGAGUAACAGAAAUUAUGCUUUUUUCUUUAAACUCUAUUUGAAAUUAAUUUGAUAUUUAAUCAAACGUAAAAGGCCACACAUGCGCUGAUUUAUCUUAAACCUUGUUCCUCCAUUUUCGGUAGAACGAAAUGAACCUUUGUACUAUUAAUAGUAUUAUUGACAACUUGUAUAAUAUGUUUUGUAUUUAAGAGAUAAAGAUGCAUUGUUUAUGCACUAAUAAAGUUACUUGUUUAGA